CAGUCGAAAUCAUGAAUCAGCUGGCAUAAUUUUUAAGGAUAUAUACAAAAGAAAAAAAAUCUAUUGAAAAAAGGUACAACGAAACGCAAUAAUUUGCAGUCUUUCCAGCUUCAGUUUGAAGUGAUUGUGUUACUGUAGCUGUGUUGUUGGCCAGCUCCUCUGAACAACAGUGUCCUGACCAGAGAGCACAUUCUCUAUGCCAGGCGAAAUCGCGCCUCAUUAGCUCAUUGUUAUGGAUGUGUCCAAAUAAAUGUCACUAGAAAACAGCUUAAACAAACGCAAAUGCAGCUACUUUGCUGGCUGUUAUUCUGGCUGCACUUUUUGACGUGACUGUAAGUUAGCCGUAAUUGGAUAGCUAGCAGGCAAGGGAUAAGAAUGUUGCCAGCCAGUAUGGCAAUGGAACAUUUAGACUGAACGACUGGGAACAGAUGUCCAUAGAUACAGAACAAAAAGACUGAACGACUGGGUCGUGUGUGUGUGUGUGAGGUGUGUGUGUGAGACAGUGGAUAUUAUCCCCUCCCUCCAGAUGGUGUUUUAGACGGCAACAAAUGACUAUCUACUCCCACUGAGAUUAAAAUAAUAUGCAUGCAUUUACAAAUCUGUACUGGCACAAAAACUACAAUGAAAUUAACGAGUUCUGCCAUGCAGGCACAAUAAGCAGGAGACUAAUGGCUACAGUGGUGACUUCAUCAUCAUAGAACAGGUAGAAGAGAUGGGGAGGGAGGGAGGGCAGGGGGGGGGAGGGGAAAGGGGGAGGCAUGGGGGAGGGGGAGAGGGGGAAAGAGGGAGGGAGACUGCUGUAUUAGCAUGCUAAUGUAUUCUUAGGAGGCCGGAGCACAGACAGGGGAUAUAACCUUGCCGUGACAUGAAAGGAAUGUUGAGACAACAUGAGCCGACCUGCUGUGGCUUCACGCAGUGGCCCCAUCUCCCUAAGAUGUGUGAGUGAGUGAGUGAGUGAGUGAUUGAGUGACUGAGUGAGUGAGUGAGUGAGUGGAGUGAAUGAUUGAGUGAGUGAUGAGGAGUGAGUGAGUGGAGUGAGUGAAGUGAGUGAAUGACUGAGUGAGUGGACUGAGUGAGUUGAAGUGAGUGCCGGGAGAUGGAGUGAGUUGAGUGAGUGAAGUGAGUGGAGUGACUGAGUGAGGAGUGAGUGAGUGAGUGACUGAGUGACUGAAGUGACUGAGUGACUGAGUGAGUGAGUGAUUGAGUGAGUGCGAUGAGUGAGUGAGUGAGUGAGUGAGUGAGUGAGUGAGUGAGUGAGUGAGUGAGUGACUGACUGAGUGAGUGAGUGAGUGAGUGAGUGAGUGACUGAGUGACUGAGUGAGUGACUGAGUGAGUGAGUGACUGACUGACCAGGCCUAUACAAUAACAGAAUAUGCAGGCUGUAAAUGAGAAGUUAGCCUUUAUGAAAGAAAAGGUUGGAGAACCCUGCGCUACAUUUUAUUAAUUCUAUUGCAGAUUCGGGGGCCUCAAUUUAUGGAUAUACAGUGCCUGUAGAAAGUCUACACCCCAUUUUGUUGCGUUACAAAGUGGGAUUGAAAUAGAUUUAAUUGUACUUUUUGUCAUUGGUCUACACAAAAUACUCCAUAAUGUCAGAGUAAAAAUAAAAUUCUACAAAUGUUUACAAAUUGAUACAAAUGUAAUACAUGAAACAUAGUCGUUCCCAGAUGUAUUCACCCCCUUUGUUAAGGAGAGCCUAAAUUAGUUCAGAAGUAAAAUUUGGCUUAACAAAUCACAUAAUAAGUUAUAUGGACUCAUUAUGUGUUAAAUAAUAGUGGUUGACAUGAUUGUUAAUGACUAACCCUUCCUCUGUCGCCCAUACAUUACAGCAUCUGGAAGGUCCUUCAGUCAAGUAUUGAAUUUCAAGCUCAGCUUCAACUACAAAGACCAGGGAGCUUUUAGAAAGCCUCAUAAAGAAGGGCAGUGAUUGGUAGAUGGGUAACAACAGCAAAUCAGACAUUCAACAUAUCUUUAAGCGCGGUCAAGUUAAUAAUGAUGCUGUGGAUGAUGUAUUAAACCACCCAGACACAUCAAAGAUGCAGUCGUCCUCCUGAACUGAGUUGCAGGACCAAGAGGCCAUCGGUGGCUUUAAAACAGCUACAGAGUUCAAUGGCUGUGAUGGGAGGAAACUGAGGAUGGAUCAACAACAUUGUAUUGACUCCACAAUAAUGACCUAAAUGACAGUGUGAAAAGAAGAAAUAAAUAAACAUGUAUGCAACAAAGGCACUAAAGUAAACAAAUACACUUUGUGGCCUAAAUGCAAAGCCUUAUGUUAGGGCCCAACACAUCACUGAGUAACUGCCUCCUUAUUUUCAAGCAUGGUGGUAGACGCAUCAUGUUAUGGGUAUGCUUGACAUCGGCAAAGACUGGGGAGUUUUUCAGGAUGAAAAAAACAAAAACAGGAUGGGAGCUAAGCACAGGCAAAAUCCUAGAGGAAAACCUGCUUCAGUCUGCUUUACACCAGACACUGGGAGAUGAAUUCACCUUUCAAAUUUAAAAACCCCUUUUUUUGGGGGGGGUUUUUUUUUCCCCAAAAUUGGGAAAAAAAAGGUUAAAAAAAACAAAAAAUUUUUAAAAAAAAAAUUUUUUAAAAAAACCCUUAGGUUUUUUAAACCCCCCGGGGAAAAACCAAAAAAAACCCCCAAAAAAAACCCAAAAAAAAAAAAAAGGGGGGGGGAAAAACCCGGGGGUUUUUUAAAAAUUUAAAAAGAAAAUAAAAAAAAUUUUUUAAAAAAUUUUUUUUUAAAACCCCCCCAAAAACCCCAAAAAACAAAAAUUUUUUAAAACCCCAAAAAUUUUUUUCCCUUUUUUAAAAACCAAAAAAAAAUUUUUUUAAAUUUAAAAAAAAUUUUUUUUCCAAAAAAAAAAAAAAUUUUAAAAAAAUUUAAAAAAAAAAAAAAAGGGAAAAAAACCAAAAAUUUUUUUUUAAAAAAAAAAGGGGGCCCAAAAAAAAAAAAAAAUUUUUUUUAAAAAAAUUUUAAAACCCCCUUUUUUUAAAGUUAACCCCAAAACCCCCUUUUUUAAAAAAAAAAAAAAAAAAAGGGGGGAAAAAAAAAUUUUAAAAAAAUUUUUUUUUUAAAAAAAACAAAAAUUUUUUCCCCAAAACCACAAAAAAAAAAUUUAAAAAAAAAAAAACCCCCCCCAUUUUUUUUUUUUUUUUUAAAAAAAACCCCCCCAAAAAAAAUUUUUGGGUUAAAUUUUUUUUUUUAAAAAAAUUUUGGGGGAAAAAGGGGGGAAAAAGGGGGUUUUUUUUUAAAAAAAAGGGGGGGGGAAAAUUUUUAAAAAAAUUUUUUCCCCUUUAAUUAAAGUUUUGGGUUUGGUUUUAAAAAAAAAGGGGGGUUUUUUUUUUAAAAAAAAAAAAAAAAUUUUUUUUUGGAAAAAAAAAAAUUUUAAAAAAUUUUUCCCCCCAAUUUUUUUUCCCCCCCCCCAAAAAAAUUUCCCAAAAUUUUUUUUUUUAAUUUUUUUCCCUUCCCCCCUUUCCCUUUUUUUUUUUUAAAAAAAAAAUUUCCCCCCUUUUUUUUUUUUUCCCCUUUUUUUCCCCCCCCCCCUUUUUUUUUUUUUCCCCCCCCCAAAAACCCCCUUUUUUCCCCCCCCUUUUUCCCCCCUUUCCCCCCUUUUUCCCCCUUUUUUUUUCCCCUUUCCCCUUUCCCCCCUUUUUUCCCCCCCCCGGUUUUUUCCCCCUUUUCCCCCCCCCCGGGGGGGCCCCCGGGGGGUUUUUUUUCCCCCCCUUUUUUUUUUUUUUUUUUCCCCCCCCCCCUUUUUUUUUUUUUUUUCCCCCCCCCUUUUUUGGGGGGGCCCCCCCCCUUUUUUCCCUUUUUUUUUUUUCCCCUUUUUUUUUUUUUUUUAAAAAAAUUUUUUUUUUUUUUUCCCCCCCCCCCUUUUUCCCCCCCCCUUUUCCCCUUUUUUCCCUUUUUUUUUUUUUUGGGGGGGUUUUUUUUUUUUGGGGGCCCCCCUUUUUGGGGUUUUUUUUUUUUCCCUCCCCCUUAAAAAUUUUUUUUUUUUCCCCCCCUUUUUUUUUUUUUGGGAAAAGGGGGGGUUUUUUUUUCCCCCCCCCUUUUUUUUUCCCAAAAUUUUUUUUUUAAAAAAACCCCCUUUUUUUUUUUUCCCCCCCCAAAAUUUUUUUUUUAAAUUUUGGGCUUUUUUAAAUUAUUUUAAAUUUUUUCCCCCGGGGGGAAAAAAAAUUUCCUCCCCUUUUUUUAAAAAAUUUUAAAAAUUUUUAAAAAAAAUUUUUUUUUUUUUAAUUUAAAUUUUUUUUUUUGGGUUUUCCCCCUUUUUCCCCCCCCCCCCUUUUUUUUUCCCUUUUUUUCCCCCCCCCCCAAAACCCUUUUUUUUUUUUUUCCCCUUUUUUUUUUUGGUUUUUUCCCCCCCCCCCCCUUUUUUUUUUUUUUUUUUUCCCCCCCCCCCAUUUUUCCCCGCCCCCCCCCCCCCCCCCGGGGGGGUUUUUUUUAAAAAAAAGGGGGGGGGGGGGCCCCCCCCUUUUUUUUUUUUUUUCCCCCCCCCCCCCCUUUUUCCCUUUUGGGCCCCCGGGGUUUUUUUUUUUUUUCCCCCCCAAAAUUUUUCCCUUUUUUUUUUUUUGGGGGUUUUUUUCCCCCCCCCCCCCUUUUUUUUUCCCCCCCCCCCCCUUUUUUUCCCCCCCCCCCCCCCCUUUUCCCCCCCCCCCCCCCCCCCCCCUUUUUUCCCCCCCCCCCUUUUUUUUUCCCCCCCUUUUCCCCCCCUUUUUUGGGGGGGGGGGCCCCCAGAACCCCCCCCCGGGGUUUAAAUUUUUUUAAAAGAAAUUUUUCCCACCCCCCCCCCCCCCCCCCUUUUUGGGGGGGGAAAAAAGGGGAAAAGGGGUUUUUUUUUUGGGGGGGGGGGGGGGUUUUUUUUUUUUCCCCCCUUUUUGCAAAAAAAAAAAAAAAAUUUUUUCCCAAAAAAAAAAUUUUUUAAAAAUUUUUCCCCCCCCCCCGGGGGGGGAAAAAAAAAAAAGGGUUUUUUAAAAAAUUUUCUAAAAAAAAAAGGGGGGAAAAAAAAUUUUUUUUUUCCCCCCCCAAAAAGGGAAAAAAAUUUUUUUAAAAAAAUUUUUCUUUUAAAAUUUUUGGGGGGCAAAAAAGGGCCCCCCCUUUUUUCCCAAAAUUCUAAAAUUUUUGGGGGAAAAAAAAAUUUUUUUUUAAAAUUUUUUUUUUUUAAAAAUUUUUAAAAAAAAAAGGGGGGCCCCCAAAAUUUUAAAAAAAAUUUUUUCCCCUUUUAAAAAAAUUAAAAAAUUUUUUUUUUAAAAAAAAUUUUUUUUUUUUAAAAAAAAAAAAAUUUGAAAAAAAGGGUUUUAAACCCCCCUUUUUUUCCCCUUUUUUUUUUUUUUUUCCCCAAAAAAAUUUUUUAAAAAAAAAAAAAAAAAAAAAAAAAAAAAAAAAAAAAAAUUUUUUUUUUUUUUUGGGGGAAAAAUUUUCCCCCCCCAAAAAAAAAUUUUUUUUAAAAAAAAAACAAAAAAAAUUUAAAAAAAAAUUUUUUUUUCCAUUUUUAAAAAAAAAAAAAACCCCCCCAAAAGAAAAAUUUUUUCCCCCCUUUUUUAAAAAAAAGGGGAGUUAAAAUUUUAAAAGGGGGUUUUUUUUUGGGGUUUUAAAAAAAAAAAAUUUUAAAAACCCCCCCCCCGGGGAAAAAAAAAAAAAAAGGGGGGGAAAAAAAAAAAACCCCCUUUAAAACCCCCGCAAAAAAAAAAAUUUUUUUUUGGGGAAAAAGGGAAAAAAAAAAAAACCCCCCCCGGGGGGGGGGGAAAAAAAGCCCAAAAAAUUGGAAACCAAAACGGGAAAAAACCCCGAAAAUUUAAAAUUUUGGGUUUGGGGGGGCCCCCCCCCCCAAAUUUCCCCCUUUGGGGGAAAAAAACCCCCGGGGGGGGUUUUUAAAACAAAAAAGGGGGGGGGGGUUUUUUUCCAAAAUUGAAAAAAAAAAGGGGGGUUUUUUUGGAAACCCGGAAACCCAAAUGGGGGGGGAAAAACCCCCGGGAAAAAAAUUUUUGGGGGGGAAAAAAAAAGGGGGGGGUUUUUUUUGGGGGGGGGGUUUUUUAAAAAGGAAAAGGGGGUUUUUUUGGGGGAAAAACCCCCUUUUUGGGGGGUUUGGGGGGGGGGGUUUUUUUUUUCCCCCCAAAAAGGGGGGAAAAAAACCCCCGGGGGCCCAAAAAGGGGGGUUUUGGGGGGUUUUUCCCCUUACCCCCUUAAAAAUUUAAAAAAAUCGGGAGGGGGGGAAACCCCCCAAAACCAAAAAGGGGGGGUUUUAAAAAGGGGGGGAAAAACCCCUUGGGGGGGGGGGGCCCAAAAAAAAAACCCCCUGGUUUGCCAAAAGGGUUUUGCCACCAAAUUAAUUUUUUUCCCGGGGGGGAAAAAUUUUUUUUUAAAAAAAAAUAAAAAAAUUUUAAAAAAGGGCCCUUUUUUUUUUUUGGUUUUUAUUCUGUCUCUCCUUUUUAAAAAAACCAAAAAAAAAAAAUUUUUUUUGGGGGAAAAAAAAAAAAAUUUUUUUUUUUUUUUUUUAAAAAAAAAAUUUUUUUUUUAAAAACCCCCCCCUUUUAAAGGCCCCGGGCCCCUGGUAAAAAAGUUAAAUAAAAAAGGGGGGGGGAAGGGGAAAAAGGGGGGGGGCCCCUUUUGGGGGGUUUUUUUUGGGGUUUUUAAAAAUUUUUUGGGGGGUUUUUUUUUUUCCCCCGGGGCCCCCCUUUUUUUUUUCCCAAAUUUUUUUUUUUUGGGGGUUAAUUUGGGUUUUUUUUUAAAUUUAAGGUUUGGGGGGGGGGGGGUUUUUUAAAAACCCUUUUUUGGGGGGGAAAAAAGGGGGGGGGUUUUUCCAAAAAGGGGGGGUUGGUUUGGGUUAGGGCCCCCUUCCCGGGGGGCCGGGGUUUUUUUCCCCCCAAUUUUUCCCCUUUUUUGGGCCCCAAAAAGGGGGGUUUUAAAAAAAUUUUUCCCCUUUUCCCCCCCCCCCCCCCCCCCCAAAAAAAAAAAACCCCCCCCCCCCCCCCAAAAAAAAAAAAAAAAAAACCCCCCCCCCCCCCCCCCCCCCCCCAAAAAAAAAAAAAAAAAAAAAAAAACCCCCCCCCCCCCCCCCCCCUUUUCCCCCCCCCCCCAAAAAAAAAACCCCGGGGGGCCCCCCCCCCCCCCCCAAAACCCCCCCCCAAAAAAACCCCCCCCCCCCAAAAAAAAAUUUCCCCCCCCCUACCCCUCCCUUUUCCCCCCCCCCCUCCCCCCCCCCCGCCCCCCCCCUCCCCUUUCCCCUUCCCCCCCCCCCCCCCCCCCCCCCCCCUUCCCCCCUUUUUUCCUUUUUCCCCCCCACUCCCCCCCCUCCCUUUUUAAAAAAUUUUUCCCCCCCCCUUCCCCCCCCCCUCCCAACCCCCCCCCCUUCCCCCCCAAAAAAUUUUAAAAUUUUAAAAAAGUGGGGGGUUUUUUUUUAAAAACCGGGGGGGUUUUAAAAACCCCUUGAUUUCUUUUUUAAAAAUUUCUAGGAUGAGGGGUUGAGAGAGUCAGGGAUGCGUGGAUUCCCUAAACCUUGUUUGUUAUUAAUGGUGUCGGGUGUCUUCAAAAUUUGACAUUAGGAUAGGGGUUAGAGUCAACUCCUGAUCCUAAAUCCAGGGCUGCAGAAGAUGGUAGCGUAUGUGCUAAGAGGUAGUGAAAGGGGACAAACACAGUCGAAUUAAGAAGCUACUCCAAAGGAGAGAAAGAAGAACAGAGUAGAAAAAAAACGAAGGAACAACACCGACGAACAAGCAACCCAGCCCCAAGAAGAGAAGCACGCAAAAGAAGAGAAAACACGAGAAAGCAAGCCCACGAAAGAAGCAAGAAGAAAGAGAAAGAAGAGAAGAACAAAGCCACCCACAAAAAACCCCAAAACCCGGAAAAGAACCAAAAAGAACCGCCGAGCAGAAAAGCACGCAGACAGAAGAAGACCAGCAAAAACGGACCGCACGACCCCUCCCGCAGAACCCCACCCAAGCGAGCCCCCCCUCGCCCACCCUCCCAAAAACUCCCCUCCCCACUCCCUCCCCUCCUCCCUCUCUCCCCUCCCCCUCCACCGCCCCCUCUCCUACUCCCCCUGUCCUCCUCUCUCCUACUCCCUCCCUCCCUCCAGAUCAAAUAUAGAAAAGUGUAUUAAUACACCUGGUACUACCUUCACAUUCUGACUCCUGGAACCUCUCAGCCUCUCCUCCCCUCUCCUACUCCCUCCCUCCGUCUCCUCCUCUCUCCAACUCCCUCCCUCCCUCUCCACCUCUUUCCUUUACCUCCACCUCUCCUCUCCUUCACACCUGCUUGGCCUACUGCAGCUGGAGAGAGCGAGAGAGAGAGAGUGAGAGUGAGAGAGAGAGAGAGAAAGAGAGAGAGAGAGAGAGAGAGAGAGAGAGAGAGAGAGAGAGAGAGAGAGAGAGAGAGAGAGAGAGAGAGAGAGAGAGAGUACACACUGGCGGAAUACCUGACCACUGUGACUGACCCAAACUUAAGGAAAGCUUUGACUAUGUACAGACUCAGUGAGCAUAGCCUUGCUAUUGAGAAAGGCUGCCGUAGGCAGACCUGGCUCUCAAGAGAAGACAGGCUAUGUGCACACUGCCCACAAAAUGAGGUGGAAACUGAGCUGCACUUCCUAACAUCCUGCCAAAUGUAUGACCAUAUUAGAGACACAUAUUUCCCUCAGAUUACACAGACCCACAAAGAAUUCGAAAACAAACCCAAUUUUGAUAAACUCCCAUAUCUACUGGGUGAAAAACCACAGUGUGCCAUCACAGCAGCAAGACUUGUGACCUGUUGCCACAAGAAAAGGGCAACCAGUGAAGAACAAACACCACUGUAAAUACAACCCAUAAUUAUGUUUAUUUAUUUUCCCUUUUGAACUUUAACUAUUUGCACGUUGUUACAACACUGUAUAUAGACAUAAUAUGACAUUUGAAAUGUCUUUAUUCUUUUGGAACUUCUGAGUGUAAUGUUUACUGUUAAUAUUUAUUGUUUAUUUCACUUUUGUUUUUUAUCUAUUUCACUUGCUUUGGCAAUGUUAACACACGUUUCCCAUGCCAAUAAAGACCUUAAAUUGAAUUGAGAGAGAGUGCUGUGUGAGUGCUGUCUGUGAGCUCCUGUCUUUAACUCUCCUACUCUGAGAGCAGCUGGUCCCUAAAGAGAAUACUGUGUCUGUGAGCUCCUGUCUUUAACUCUCCUACUCUGAGAGCAGCUGGUCCCUAAAGAGAAUACUGUGUCUGUGAGCUCCUGUCUUUAACUCUCCUACUCUGAGAGCAGCAGGUCCCUAAAGAGAAUACUGUGUCUGUGAGCUCCUGUCUUUAACUCUCCUACUCUGAGAGCAGCUGGUCCCUAAAGAGAAUACCGUGUCUGUGAGCUCCUGUCUUUAACUCUCCUACUCUGAGAGCAGCUGGUCCCUAAAGAGAAUACGGUGUCUGUGAGCUCCUGUCUUUAACUCUCCUACUCUGAGAGCAGCUGGUCCCUAAAGAGAAUACGGUGUCUAUGAGCUCCUGUCUUUAACUCUCCUACUCUGAGAGCAGCUGGUCCCUAAAGAGAAUACUGUGUCUGUGAGCUCCUGUCUUUAACUCUCCUACUCUGAGAGCAGCUGGUCAAAAUAGCAGCAGCAGUAGCAGAAGCACAAUGCAUUAGAACAGACACUCAGAGGUUGCAUCCCAAAUGGCAGCCCUAUGGGCCCUGGUCAAUAGUAGGGCACUAUAAAGGGAAUAGGGUGUAAUUUGGGACAAGAGUCAGUCUCUUCGCAGCAGUGCAGUCAGAGAAGGCCUUGGUUUCUCUCUCUGGGCUGCUGAAGACUUCCUGUCUGUCUCUGCCAGGUCUCUCUCUCACCUGCUCCUCUCCUGUCCGCCUGGGUCACAGUGCCCCCAUUUGGCCACAUGUGAGUACUGCAGCUGCUCUCCCCUCUGAAAUGACUGGUAAUGGUUUGUCCAAGGUGACCCACUGUGUACUGCAGCAGUUCUCCCCUCUGAAAUGACUGGUAAUGUUUAGAUACUAGUUAGUAUAUAUGAAUAGUUAUAUACUAGUUAGUAUAUAUGAAUGGUUAGACACUAGUUAGAAAUAUAUGAAUGGUUAGAAACUAUUUAGUAUAUAUGAAUAGCUAGAUACUAGUUAGUAUAUAAUGUAUGCUUGGUUAUGGCCAACCUGUGACCCGAAACAAACUCUUGAGUUGAGAAGCUCUGCUCUGAAAUGACUUCUCACUGUGUGAACUAGAGGUGGAGAAAGCAGGCAGUCUGCCCUGGUUUUGUCUGCCUUACCUCUCCCUCUCUCUACCACUCUCUCUAUCCCCUCUCUGGCUCCCUCUCCCUCUCUCUCCCUCUGUUGCCUGUCUGUCUGUCUGUCUGUCUGUCUGUCUGUCUGGCGUCGGUCUGUCUGUCUGUGUCUGUCGCUGUCUGUGGUACUGUUGCGGAUCGCGUAGGUCUGAGGUAGUCUGCUACCUUACAGCACUCUCGAUCUACGGACCUCUAUCCGAUCGAGCUCACUAUGCCUUAUGCUGAGACAGAAGCUUCCUAGCGCUGUUGGAGUCAGCGUCGUCGUGAGCUGAGUCUAAUAUCGUCAUCAUGUCAUCCUCCACUUAUCAGCUACGAUACAGGACAACAUGUCUCGGCUCUCUCUCUGCUCUCUCUCUCGUCUCUCUCUCUCUCUCUCUCUCUCUCUCUCUCUCACUCACCUUACCCCUCUACCUUACCUCAGUGCUUCUCUGAGACAUGAAUAUGGAGCAACGGGGAGAGGAUGUAGAACGUUUUAGUCAUGAAUAAAUUCAAUCAGACAUUCAGCAGGUACCUGACUGGUUUGUAAAGAGAGGAACUGGAGCUUCGGUAUCACAAAGUUCUUCUGUUAAAACCUAGUCACUUUAAAAUCUUUGGCGUGAAAAAGUUACGGUAGCUUCAUGUAUUCAUAAUCUACUCAGAAUAGAGACCUGGUUUUCUUCCUCUCUCAGAACUCAACCAUCAACUCAACGACCUGCUCAUUUAGAACCGGGAUCUUUGGAAACCCGGCUUUCUCCACUAAUAUAAGUCAACUAAGAUCGUGAUCAUUGUGCUGCUCACGGGGCAGCUAGUCACAUCUGAAACCUUUGCUUUAUAUUGGGUCAUAUUGUGUUGUGUUCCAGACUGUAAUGUUAGUCUGUUCUUGUUCUCUAGGAGAUCCCGUUCUACCACAUCUGGAACGGUUCCCAGCGGUACCUCCACUGUACCUUCACCCUAGAGCGCCUCAGCCUCAGUACCUGUGAGCUCACCUGUCAGCUGUGUGUAUGGCAGGUGGAGGGGGAGGGACAGAGCUUCAGCCUCGACUUCAACAUCGCCAAGGUAGCGCUCAUAUAUAUAUAUAUAUACACACGACACGAUACUAUGAUACAAUACGCUCCUCCGUGAUAUACAGUACUACAUUACAGAGCUUCAGCCUCGACUUCAACAUCGCCAAGGUAGCGCUCAUAUAUAUAUAUACACACGACACGAUACUAUGAUACAAUACGCUCCUCCGUGAUAUACAGUACUACAUUACAGAGCUUCAGUCUCGACUUUAACAUCACCAUGGUAACACUCAGGUCACGUAUGAUGUAUUUCACACAAUAUGCCCUCUCCAAGAUAUGUGUUGAUAUGAUAUCCAAAGAGAUGGACUCCUUUUUCUGGCUCUUAACAAUAACAGUUGUUUAAUAUGUGUGUGGCUGCUACUCUCUAUUCCUGUUUAUUUGGUUCAUAUGACCUAAGAAGACAGCAGUCCCCCUGGACUAUAUAGUUCAUGGCUCGUAGCUAUACAGGACAUGUGUAUGUCUCUGUCCCUAUGUGUUCCUAUAUAACCCUUUAUAUAUCCCUCUGGCCCUAUAGGACUGUCGGCCCCUGGACUCGGAGUUCCUGCUGAUGGACACUAACCCUAACGGGAUGGCUCUAGCAGGACCCAGUGCUUUCCAGAUCCCCUAUCUGAUCAGGCAGAAGAUCUGCAGCAGCUUGGAUACACCUUGUCCCAACGGGGCCGAUUGGAGACUGCUGGCCCAGAGACUCAAACUGGACAGGUAACUGACCCUAACCCAAACCCUAACCAUAACCCUAGGGGGAGUGAACGAGGCCCUAUGUAUAGGGCUAAAAGAUUGGUUUGGGACUGGGCCUAUGUAUAGAGAUUCAAUAAACGUUUGGGACAGGGCCCAUGCCUCUCCCAUUUAACACGGCUAAUUUGUCCCAGUAACUUUCUAAUUUAAAUCUGGCUUCUUUUAAACAGGAAAGAAUCAGAGAGAAAACCCUGAUCAAUUACCUUCCAAUGUAACUUCCUCCUGGUAAUGAAGUCUAUUAGGUACACUUGUCUCAUCAGUUGGAUUUACCCUAAUUCAUUACACAUUGGAUUGGUGCAGUACAGGUCCAAUUAGCCCUGUUUGGCUCAAACUAAUCCAUUCCCAUUUAGUUCCCUUAAAGAAACAUCUCCUCUGUCGGGUAAAGGGGCAAUCUGGGAUCAGUAUGUCCAUGUUCCGACAUUUAAAUGAAUGAUAGACUGCUUGGAUAGAAGGGAUUUUAGUCCAUCUAACAUGGAUGUAUCCUAUGGAUGUAUCCUGCAGCUAAUCUAAGACAUGCUGUAGUUACGUGUGUGUGUGUGUGUGCAUGGGUACGUGUGUGUGUCUGUGUGUGUGUGCAUGGGUACGUGUGUGUGUCUGUGUGUGUGUGCGUGGGUACGUGUGUGUGUCUGUGUGUGUGCGCGUGGGUACGUGUGUGUGUCUGUGUGUGUGUGUGCGUGGGUGGGUGUGUGUGAGUGUAUGUGUGAGUGGGAGUGUGUGUGUGUGAAUACAAGCAGGCAGAGGUGAACGUGACCAAGCGAUAAAACACCAAAUGUCAGUAUUUGAUUUUAUCUCCCUACUAUACAGAACAGUGUGGUAUGAAAGGCUGGUUCUCCCUACUAUACAGAACAGUGUGGUGUGAAAGGCUGUUUCUCCCUACUAUACAGAACAGUGUAGUAUGAAAGGCUGGUUCUCCCUACUAUACAGAACAGUGUGGUAUGAAAAGGGGUUCUCCCCUAUAUACAAACAUGGUGGUUGUGAAGGCUGGUUUCUCCCUACUAUACAGAACAGUGUGGUGGUUGAAAGGCUGGUUCUUCCCUACUAUACAGAACAGUGUGGUAUGAAAGGCUGGUUCUCCCUACUAUACAGAACAGUGUGGUGUGAAAGGCUGGUUCUCCCUACUAUACAGAACAGUGUGGUGUGAAAGGCUGGUUCUCCCUACUAUACAGAACAGUGUGGUAUGAAAGGCUGGUUCUCCCUACUAUACAGAACAGUGUGGUAUGAAAGGCUGUUUCUCCCUACUAUACAGAACAGUGUGGUAUGAAAGGCUGGUUUUCCCUACUAUACAGAACAGUGUGGUAUGAAAGGCUGGUUCUCCCUACUAUACAGAACAGUGUGGUAUGAAAGGCUGUUUCUCCCUACUAUACAGAACAGUGUGGUAUGAAAGGCUGGUUUUCCCUACUAUACAGAACAGUGUGGUAUGAAAGGCUGGUUCUCCCUACUAUACAGAACAGUGUGGUAUGAAAGGCUGGUUCUCCCUACUAUACAGAACAGUGUGGUAUGAAAGGCUGGUUCUCCCUACUAUACAGAACAGUGUGGUAUGAAAGGCUGGUUCUCCCUACUACACAGAACAGUGUGGUGUGAAAGGCUGUUUCUCCCUACUAUACAGAACAGUGUGGUAUGAAAGGCUGGUUCUCCCUACUAUACAGAACAGUGUGGUGUGAAAGGCUGUUUCUCUCUACUAUACAGAACAGUGUGGUGUGAAAGGCUGUUUCUCCCUACUAUACAGAACAGUGUAGUAUGAAAGGCUGGUUCUCCCUACUAUACAGAACAGUGUGGUAUGAAAGGCUGGUUCUCCCUACUAUACAGAACAGUGUGGUAUGAAAGGCUGGUUCUCCCUACUAUACAGAACAGUGUGGUAUGAAAGGCUGGUUCUCCCUACUAUACAGAACAGUGUGGUAUGAAAGGCUGUUUCUCCCUACUAUACAGAACAGUGUGGUAUGAAAGGCUGGUUCUCCCUACUAUACAGAACAGUGUGGUAUGAAAGGCUGGUUCUCCCUACUAUACAGAACAGUGUGGUAUGAAAGGCUGGUUCUCCCUACUAUACAGAACAGUGUGGUAUGAAAGGCUGGUUCUCCCUACUAUACAGAACAGUGUGGUAUGAAAGGCUGGUUCUCCCUACUAUACAGAACAGUGUGGUGUGAAAGGCUGUUUCUCCCUACUAUACAGAACAGUGUGGUAUGAAAGGCUGGUUCUGUUAGCUGUGGCCCUGUAUGUCGGCUGGGAUGGUGAGGUGAUCUGUUCCUGUAGAAUACAAUACAGUACCUUCUCCCACCUGCCUGACUGUCUGUUUGAUGUCCACACACACACACACACACACACACACACACACACACACACACACACACACACACACACACACACACACACACACACACACACACACACACACACACACACACACACACACACACACACACACACACACACACACACACCACACACACACACACACACACACACACACACACACACACACACACACACACACACACACACACACACACACACACACACACACACACACACACACACACACACACACACACACCCUCGCUGAAAAUAAGCCUGGAAAAUUGUCUGAACGCUUUGUCAUUCCAUUAAAGUGAUUUUCACUGCAGUAGGUUAGCAGGAGAGAGUGAAGAAUUACAAAGGUCCAGCUGUGUUCCCUAUCCAACCGUGGUGAAGCUGAAGGACUGACAGGCUUGCUGACCUUCCUCUACCCUCAACCUCUCCUCACACCCCGACCCCCAACCCUCUACCCCCGACCUCUCCUCACACCCCGACCCCCAACCCUCUACCCCCGACCUCUAGGCUAGUUCCCCCCUCACCUUGAUGUGGUACACCCUGCAUCGCAGUGCUAGCUGUGCCACUAGAGAUCCUGGUUCGAAUCCAGGCUCUGUCGUAGCCGGCCGCGACCGGGAGACCCAUGGGACGGCGCACAAUUGGCCCAGCGUCGUCCAGGGUAGGGGAGGGGAAUGGCCGGCAGGGAUGUAGCUCAGUUGGUAGAGCAUGGCGUUUACAACGCCAGGGUUGUGGGUUCGUUUCCCACGGGGGGGCCAGUAUGAAAAAAAUUAAAAAUAAUGUAUGCACUCACUAACUGUAAGUCGCUCUGGAUAAGAGCGUCUGCUAUAUGAAUAAAAUGUAAAAUGUACACAACAACACUUAAAUCCCCUGACAGUAGGAGGAUCAGAAAAAGGCCAAUACAUGGAACGAGCCACUCCAGAUACCUCAGCUGUCAUCCUCCACAUCACAUAUUCUACUGAGCUGAAGGACUGGACUGCGUCUCAAAUGGCACCCUAUUCCCUAUAUAGUGCACUACUUCUGACCGGAGGCCCAUAGGGCUCUUGUCAAAAGAAGUGCACUAUAUAGGGAAUAGGGGUGCCAUUUGGGAUGCAAGGAACAUGUGAGGAAGGACAGGGGUCAUUGCAUUUAGGUCUAUUGAUUGGUUGGGUUUGAUGUGAAAGGUCAAGGCCUGGAAGUGGAAAAGGUCAUUUCCUACUUUAAAUGUGAACGAUCUUUAUGGGAUUUAUUAAAUGUUUUAUGUGUGAUUUAUGUUGGACAUUUUUAUAAUCAAAUGCAAAAAGGGGAUCCUAACUGCUGAAGGGGAAGGGAUAUGACUUCUAAAAGGAAUGGUUUGAUGUAUAUUGUUGUGCUUGCAGAAGUAUACUAUAUUAUAAACUGGGUGGUUUGAGCCUGAAUGCUGAUUGGCUGAAAGCCAUGGUAUAUCAGGCCGUAUACCAUGGGUAUGACAAAACAUUUCUUUUCACUGCUCUAAUUACGUUGGUAACAAGUUUAUAAUAGCAAUAAGGCACCUCAUAUGGGUUUGUGAUAUAUGGCCAAUAUCCCACGGUUAAGGGCUGUGUCCAGGUACUCCGCGUUGCGUCGUGCUUAAGAACAGCCCUUAGCUGUGGUAUAUUGGCCAUAUACCACACCCCCUCGGGCCUUAUUGCUUAAGUAUAGUAUAGUACAGUGUAGUGUAGGAUAAUAUAGUGUAGUGUAAUGUAGUAUAGUGUGUAGUGUAGUACAGUAUUUAGUGUAGUAUAGUGUAUGAUAGUGUAGUAUACUAUAGUGUAGUAUAGUGUAGUAUAGUGUAGUAGUGUAGUUAGUAGUAUGUGUAAGUGUAGUGUAGUAUAGUAUAGUGUUAGUAUAGUAUGUGUUUAGUAUAGUUAGUAUAGUGUAGUAGUGUAGUAUUAGUAUAGUGUGUAUAGUAGAGGUGUAUUAGUGUGUAUAGUGUUAUAGUUGUUAGUAGUGUAGUAUAUGUUAUAGUAUAGUGUAGUAUAGUGUAGUAUAGUGUUAGGGUAUAGUGUAGUAAUGUAGUAUAGUGUGAUAGUGUAUAGUUGUAUUAUAGUGUGGUAUAGUGUAGCAUAGUAUGUAGUAUAGUGUAGUAUAGUGUAUAGUGUAGUAUAGUGUAUUAUAGUGUAGUAUAUUGUAGUAUAGUGUAUUACAGUGUAGUAUAGUGUAGUAUGGUGUGUAGUAUAGUGUAUUAUAGUGUAUUAUAUGGUGUAGUAUAGUGUAGUAUAGUGUGUAGUAUAGUGUAGUAUAGUGUGGUAUAGUGUAGCAUAGUGUAGUAUAGUGUAUUAUAGUGUAGUAUAGUGUAGUAUAGUGUAUUAUGUUAUAGUGUAGUAUAGUGUAGUAUAGUGUAUUAUAGUGUGUAGUAUGGUGUAGUAUAGUAUAGUAUAGUGUGGUAUAGUGUAUAGUAUAGUAUAGUAUAGUAAGGAUGCAGAGGAACACAGAGUAUGUCAGUAACUUGAUGACUGCACUUUACAGUGCAGUAUUGGGGGAAGGACACAUCAACAAGGGACAAGAAACAACACAGAGACAACAUGACUGGAUAAAUGAACUUUACGAGAUAUCAAAUAAAUAAUGAAAAUUAAUCUCUCUCCUCUCCUCUCCUCUCCUCUCCUAUCCUCUCCUCUCCUCUCCUCUCCUCUCUCCAUUCCUCUCCUCUCCUCUCCUCUCCUCUCCUCUCCCUCUCUCCUCUCCAGGCACAUGAGUUUCUUUGCGUCCAAGGCGAGUCCAACCAGUGUGAUUCUGGACCUGUGGGAGGCCCAACACUUCCACAGUGGAAACCUGAACCAGCUGGCCACCGUCAUGGCCGACAUCGGCAAGCAGGAAGCUAUGAUCUUCCUGGUCUCAGACGGAGACUGCUAGCCCUGGCUCUGUCCCAAUUAUGCACCCUAUUCCCUAGAUAGUGCACCAAAGUAGGGGACUACCUAGGUAUUAGGGUGCCAUUUGAGAUUGGUCCCCUAAAGAGGGAGAGGACUUGAACAGGGUAGAAUUUACAGACACAAGAGAGAAGAGAAGAGAAGAACACUCCCUCUCCCUCCUCUCCUCGAUGAGAAAAGAGGAGCUAAACAGAACCAGGAUUUGGGAACAGGGUUCAUGUAUGUUAUGUUAGAUCUAUCUAUCCUCCCAUGUCUCCAUUCAGAACCCGGAUGUCUGGAGAAAGCAGGACCUGGGAGUGAGCUGGUCCUGUGAGGUUGUUUCUGGGUGAAGUGCUUUUUGUCAAAGUAAGGCAGGGAUUCAACCCGUGUAGUGCUGUCGACAAUGCAUAUUUUAAAGGCAAUGUGCCCACAUUUUGCGGAGAUCACAUUCAAGGGUAAAACGCUGCAGAUGUCGGCUCGAUUGGUUUUGCCUUUAAAAGGCGCGUAGUCGACAAAACAUGAACGGAUUGAAUCCUGGUCCAGAGCUACUAUGCCACAGGACUGUAGAGGACAUCUGGUACACGGUAUGGUAUACCACUAUGGCAGACAGGUGUACAAAGACCUCUUUAUGUUGUUUAAGUCAAGGUCAGUAGCCAUCAAAAGGUUUAACCUUAUAUCCAAGAGACUUAGGAUCAGAUGACCGACAAGCAUUUACAACACAUGGGCCAUACUUGGCCACAAAGUAGCAAUAUGCAAAAUAAUCAUAUUAUCCAUCACGAAAGGACAACGUCAAGUUGGAUCGUUUCUGCUUAUGUUAGUCAGAGACAAACACGAUCACGUUCAAUAUCUCAUCUAAACCCCCCCCAGAGAAAUUGAACUGUUUUGCCACUCUCUUACCAAUGUGUGGUCAAACAGCAGAGUAGAUUUAUUUCUGCAACUGGCUCGACCAUAUUGUGAAGGAAAACACAAGGUUAUCACUAGGGUCUAUGGCAGGGUUCUUCAAUUCCGGUCCUGGAGGGCCGAAACACUUCUGUUUUUUUAUUUCUACCUGGUAGUUAAUUGCACUCACCUGGUGUCCCAGGUCUGAAUUUAGCCCCUGAUUAGAAGGAGAGGAUGAAAAACAGAGGUGUUUCGGCCCUCCAGGACCGGAAUUGAAGAACCCUGCUAUAGGCUCAAGACCUAAUGUAGAUGUUCCUUUUUUUGCUUCAAAUGUAAUAGUACCAAAUGUAUCAUGGUGAGAUUUCGUAUUUAUCAAAUUCCUCAGUUUCUUAAGGUGCGAUAGGGCCAAGGGGCAUUCUCUCUCUCUCUCUCUCUCUCUCUCUCUCUCUCUCUCUCUCUCUCUCUCUCUCUCUCUCUCUCUCUCUCUCUCUCUCUCUCUCUCGCUCUCUCUCUCUCUCUCUCUCUCGCUCUCUCUCUCUCUCUCUCGCUCUCUCUCUCUCUUUCUCUCUCUCUUAAAAACUCAUUUCUGAAGUGGCAUUUGCUUCUGAUGACUUUACGUAUGUGUACCAAAUGGCACCCUAUUCCCUCUAUAGUGCAUAGGGCCUUGGUGUAAUAGGGUGCCAUUUGGGACAUAGCCUAAGCCAGUGAGAGACGGGUUGUUGAAGCAGCAUUUUAAUCAGAAGGGACGUUCAGAGUUGUUGAAGCAGCAUUUUAACCAGAAGGGACAUUCAGAGUUGUUGAAGCAGCAUUUUAACCAGAAGGGACGUUCAGAGUUGUUGAAGCAGCAUUUUAACCAGAAGGGACGUUCAGAGUUGUUGAAGCAGCAUUUUAACCAGAAGGGACGUUCAGAGUUGUUGAAGCAGCAUUUUAAUCAGAAGGGACGUUCAGAGUUGUUGAAGCAGCAUUUUAACAAGAAGGGACAUUCAGAGUUGUUGAAGCAGCAUUUUAACCAGAAGGGACGUUCAGAGUUGUUGAAGCAGCAUUUUAACAAGAAGGGAUGUUCAGAGUUGUUGAAGCAGCAUUUUAACCAGAAGGGUCGUUCAGAGUUGUUGAAGCAGCAUUUUAACCAGAAGGGACGUUCAGAGUUGUUGAAGCAGCAUUUUAACCAGAAGGGACGUUCAGAGUUGUUGAAGCAGCAUUUUAACCAGAAGGGACGUUCAGAGUUGUUGAAGCAGCAUUUUAACAAGAAGGGAUGUUCAGAGUUGUUGAAGCAGCAUUUUAACCAGAAGGGACGUUCAGAGUUGUUGAAGCAGCAUUUUAAUCAGAAGGGACGUUCAGAGUUGUUGAAGCAGCAUUUUAACCAGAAGGGACAUUCAGAGUUGUUGAAGCAGCAUUUUAACCAGAAGGGACGUUCAGAGUUGUUGAAGCAGCAUUUUAACCAGAAGGGACGUUCAGAAGAGAUCCUUUGUCCUCCAUGGUGAGUAAUGUAACAGAAAGAACUGCUGGCAGAGAAUCUGACAACUAAUUAUAAUUUCCCAAAUAACUUUCAUUGAAACGGAUAGUUACUUAUGCAGCCUAGUGUUUUCAUAAUUCAUAACGUUGUGUGGUGGUGGGCGAGGAAUUCUCAUUCUCUGAGUGUGACACAGGUCACCUGUCUCCUAUGCCCUGUUAACACCUUGGAGAGAGUCAGAGAGGAUUACUGA